AUGUUUUCCUUGAUCACAUCUCCUUCGCGAAAUGCGUUCGGGUAUUUGAUGGGAACGAUCAAUACUAUUUAUCGCCCUUAUGCCCCGUUCCUAUCACUCGGACAUGGGCGCAUUCCGUGUCAGGCGCUGCGAAAACGGAGUUGGAAAAUCAUGGAAUACCUCCGGAGCGUUGAGUCACUCGCCACUAGCAAUACUGUAAACCACCAACAACUCCCGGCCUCUGUGACCACUGAGAAGCUGCGCCAUAUUUUCCCCGAUCUGCCCAAGGAGGAGGAAGACUGCGGAAAGCUCCUUAAAGUGAUUCAAAAUCGGGCUGAUGAACUGGUGAAGGUGAAGAAUGAGCUCAAUGUCGUCAAGCAAGAUUUAGAAGGAGUGAAUCGAGAAAAGAUCGAUUUGAAGACCAAAUUAGAGGUUGCUGAAAAGCGUGCCGAGAUUUCCGUGAAUGCUGAAGAUCUUUCUAGAGCGAACGAGAGAAUCGCUCGACUAGAGCAAGAUUUGAAGGAGUCUCUAGGUCAGCGAGACAACUUGAAGAUUGAAAUCGAGGCUAAGUUGGGGAAAAUUGAAGAGUUAGAAAAUGACCUGAAACGGUCUGCGCACGAGGCAGGCGAUAUAUCUGCUUUGCGGAAAGAGUUGAGUGACUCUGAAGUCCGGGUCAAGGAGCUCCUUUCUGCGCAAGCCCGUGUUCAAGAAGCGGAGUCUGAGCUUUCUCGCAUUUCCGAACUGGAAGCGAAAUUGCACGAGGCCGAGGCGAAAACCAAAGAUUUGGAGAAGAUGAACCAGAUCCUCGCUGAAUAUGAGAAAGCAGUGGUGGAAAUUGAGAGAGAUGCUGAACAAAAAGAAGCUGCUUGGAGGAAAGAGAUCGAGGCGAAAGACGAGAAAAUGCUCCAGGUAGAGGACGAAAACGUGAAACUGAAUGCUGCCCUGAGCGGACUCAAAUCUGCGGAGGAUCUCCAGGAAAAGCUCAGGGAUCUGCAAAGCAAACUUCAGAUGGAGGAAGAGCAGCGUUCGAGUUUCCAAGCUAAGUACGAGGAAACUUUCCAGAACAUGGCUGAUGUUCAGAAGGAACUCGAUGCAGCGAAUGCGCGUUUGACGGAUGUUGAAUCUGCCGAAAAGGCGAAUGCUGAAAUUGAAACGUUGAGUCGUGAACUAAGUUCUUUGAAGGAGCAGGUUGCCGGACUUCAGGUCGAUUUGAAAACCAAAUCCGAGCUUGUGGAAAAGUUGAAUACAGAUCUUGCCGCCAAAGCAGAAGAAUUCCAUAAUAUGGAAAAGAAUCUGCAGUCUGAACGCGAGACUGGCCAACAGCAUCAACGAAUCGCCGAAGAGCUUAAGGAGCAGCUGAAGGAUUAUCAAGGACAGAAGGCUCAACCGAACGGCUUCGGGGACCACGCGGGUGAUGGUCAACUGAACCAGUCGGAGACUCCGUUAAAGCAGGUCCCCACCGCUCCCUCCCCCGUAGGCCAAGCAUCGCCAUCCCCUUCUGCUAAGUCGCUGAACAGCGAAGUGUCGCUGGGCGAAGACGUGACCACUCCCGACGGGGAGAAAAAGAAAAAGAAGCGACGGGUAAGCCCCGGUUCAGUCGUCGUUGUUGACGACCGGAUGCGCACCGAGCAUCCCUUGUGCUUUAAAAUUCUUAGCGACGUGGUGCGGAACAUGCGCCCUCCUACUAAAGGGCACCCCUUGUGA